GAAAGCACUGGACCCAUGUUUUCUAGUCGAUUCUUCGACAAGAAUCCCGAAAGCACAGUCAAGCGAAAGUUAUACCUCACAGUUGUGGGCGGUGGGACGUUCACGCUCAUAUUGCUCGUAUUCUGUGUUAUGAGCAUCUACUGGGGAGCUUUAUGGAAGAUCCGCAACGGAGUACACAACCUCAAUGGCUGGAUAAUAGACUUCGACGGCGGAGACGUCGGGAAGGCUGUAACUGAAGGCUUUUUGAGCGCGACUGGGGAGAAGACCCAGAUAUCCUGGCAUACCGUUCCCGCAGACCAUUUUCCAGGGGGUUUGACCGAUGUUGCGGCUCGCGUGUUUGACGAGAGGGCGUGGACCGCGGUCGCCAUCCCGGCCAACACGACCGUCCGAUUACAGGCUGCGCAAGCGUCCGCGGACAGAAUGUACAACGGUAGCACUGCUGUGAUGGCGUACGGGGUCGAGGCUCGCAAUGAGAACGCCUAUCGGACCUUCAUCUUUCCACAGAUUAGUCAGGUCAUGGGGCAAGUGGCAGCGUCCUUCGCCGCUCAAACUGCAGCGAAACUGGGAGCCAGCGGAUCGAACAUGACCAACCUGGUCGCGACCGCGCCGCAAGUCGUUACCUCGCCAAUUGGGUUCACUAUGAAUAACAUCAAGCCAUUUGACGUGCCGGUAGCGACCGCUGUUAACUUCGUCGGCCUAAUUUAUAUGGUCAUUCUGACUUUCAAUAUGGCGAUGACUAACUUCGGCGGGCGAACGGUCGUCGCGCAGCUCGACAGGCGGCUGAACCUUCGUUCUCUCAUCGCUAUCCGGUUGGUGGUUCCGUUCAUCUCGUAUUUCUUCCUUUCCCUGUUCUUUGCCUUGCUCAGCUUGGCGUUUCAAGUACCCUUUGACCGGAAGUUCGGACAUGCCGGUUUCUUCAUCUAUUGGAUGUUGACAUAUAUCGCUAUGCUUGCAUUGGGAAUGGCACUUGAGGCACUACUUCCCUUGCUUACACUACGCUUCAUCUCGUUGUUCUUAUUGCUGUGGAUAAUCUCAAAUGUCUCUGUUGCGUUGUUCCCGAUUGAAAUCUUACCUACUAUCUACCGCUAUGGCUAUGCCACUCCGUUCUACAACGUAUCGCGAGCAGUACGAACCAUCGUAUUUGGGACGCGAAAUGAAGUUGGAAUGAACAUUGGCAUCUUGCUCAUUUGGGUUGCGAUAUCGUGCGUGACCACUAUUCUUAUACAGUGGUGGAGGAGGCGCCAAGAUGUUGCUUUGUACGAGCGGGAACAAGAGGAGCGGAGAGCGAACGAGAAGGAGGAUGUCUGACUUUACCCGAUAUAACCUUCACGGCGUUGAUAAAUUACUGCGAGGAUAUUAAUCUAUACAGACGCCAUUGUACGACGAUCACAAGCA